AGAGCAAGCGGCACCGGAAGUUAAACUCACGUGUGUAACCGGACUAUAUGGGUGUUAUGUGCGGUUUAGCCGAAUAUAAAUAAACAUUAUUGCCGUUUUAUUUUAAAGGGGAGGGUACGUUAUUUCACGAAAAUAUGUCUGCUUCAAUGAUCAGGAGAGGACUUGAGCUUUUGAGCGAUGACAUAAAAGAUGCUGUCGGUGGCCGGAAAAGUAAAAGGAAGCUCAAACCAGGAGAAAGAUCAGAUAAGAAAGAUCAGAUCAGCUCCAACAAGCAAGGCGUCACUAAACAGCUCCGCCGACUCCGUGGACGACCAGGCUCAGCUAAGAAUCGGGCCACGGUUAAGGACAAGAAGGUUAAAUCAGCAGUUGAGGAAUUUCUGAAAACACAAAAGAGCCAUCUACGUGAAAAUCUAGCCUAUUUCCGGGGAACAGAAUACAGACCUACUCAGUCGGACACAGCAAAGAUACUGCUUCAGAACAAAAGUCGGCAAUCCCGUCAUCGGCCUGAUGUUCCUGCCAAGAAGCCCAAGGAGAAAAUGUCCCUGUUCACAGAGGAAGAGUUCCAGCAGUUCCAACUGCAGUAUUUCGGUAGAAAAGUUGAAGACAAUAAAUGAAAGACUGCAGUGACUUGGACUGUUUUUGGAUGGAUGAACACGGACCCGAUUCUUAAGUCUUAGUCUUUGCCAAGUUAGAAACAGGCGAAAAUAGCUUUUCCUAUUUAAAUUUAGUAUGUUUGGGUAUCUUGUCUUUGUUAUGUGAUUUAUAAAUAAAGAAAAUUGUGCAGAUUGA